AUGAUAAGUACUUUUUCAGCGAGCAAAAAAACAAUUAAAAUAAAAUCCAAUAACUGUUUAGAAGCUAAAGGUUUAUCUGAUAAUGAUCUUAAAUCAAAAGUUAACACAAGUUAUCAAUCAAAAAACUCCAAUAAAGAUAGUUAUUUAGAAACUAAGAAAAAAAGAAGAAAAAGAAAAAGGAAAAAAGGAAGUGUAAAUGGAAAUACUACCAGUAGUUCAACUUAUCCAACAAAUUCAGCGGAAGAAACAAAAGUGCAUACAAGAGUAACUUUAAAAUUAAGUACUGAAUUUCGAAAAUUUUUAUCAUUUGAAAGGAACAAAACAUUAAUAAAAAUUGAAAGUGGAUUUGCAGGAAAUAAAAGAAAUGUAAAUUUAGAACCAUACUAUCAUGGUUUUAUGUCACGAGAUGUAGCUGAAAAAAUAAAAAUGUCAAAUGGUCAAUUUUUAUUACGGAGAGCAGAAAUUGAAAAAAGGCAAAUUUAUAUAAUUACCGUACACGUUAAUGAUAAAAGAGAACAUCAUAUGAUUAUGAGAACAAAUGAUGGAAAGCAUUUUUGGAUAAAAAAAUACUGUUUUAAUUCUGUUUCAGAUUUGAUAAGAUAUCAUAUGGAUAGAUUGAUACCAAUUAAAGAUGGAGUUAAAAUAACUCAUUGGGUUGAUAAAGAUCUUUGGUUACUUACUCAUGAUCAAAUUAGACUUCAAAAACCUAUUGGUUCAGGAGCAUUUGGAAUGGUUUUUGUUGGAUUUUUAAAUCUUGGAACAUUUAGACAAAGUAUUCCUGUUGCUAUAAAAUUACUAAAAAUGGAGAAAAUGACAAAUGACUCAAAAUUGGAAUUUUUAAGAGAAGCUAGUAUUAUGACAGAAUUUAACUCAGAAUAUGUUAUUAAAUUUUUUGGCGUUUGUACACAGCGUGAUCCAGUUAUGAUUAUUUUAGAAAUGGCAACAAAUGGUUCUUUAUAUGAUAAUUUAAAAAAUCCAAAAAUUAAAGAUCCUAUUUUGUGGAAUGAAAAAAAACAUAAAUAUGCAAGACAUGUUAAUUUAGGAUUACAAUAUAUUCAUAGUAAAGAAACUCUUCAUAGAGAUAUAGCAACACGAAAUGUUUUAAUAGGAGGUGAUGAUAAAGCAAAAAUAGCUGAUUUUGGUUUAUCAUUAAGACAGACAUCUAUUGUUAUGAAAGAAAUGAAAAAAAUGCCUAUACGUUGGUUGCCACCGGAAACAUUAUCACAAGGAUUAUAUUCACCACGAUCAGAAGUAUGGUCAUAUGGAGUACUUAUUUACGAAAUUUAUACUGAUGGUAAAAGGCCAUAUGAGAAUAUAUCAAAUAAUAAAGAAUUAAUUAAAAAAAUUACAAAAGGAACAAUAUCAUUAUUAAAUUAUAGUGAAGUUGAAAAAUUUCCAGAUGAUAUAAAAACUAUUUUGAAAAGUUGUUUGGCAAGAGAACCUAGUUUAAGAUUAUUUAUGAAAGAUCUAUAUGAAUGUUUUAAUAAAUUUGAUGGGUUAGUAAAUACUAAUUUUGGAAAUAGUGAAACUUUAAAGUACAAAAUUUUUGGUUAUGUUAGAAGUUUAAAGGAGUAUAUAUUCAGACAUUUUUUGUAA